AUGAUCAGAGAUUACUACGUAAACGGUUCGUUGAUGGUUGUGAUCGUAGUUCAUGUAGUUUCUAAUUUUCUGUUGGUGGUCAAUUAUUCGUGUUUGUGUCUCUCGUAUGACGUCCGGUGAAAUUUUGUCGCGGGGCUGUGCGCUAUUCACAUUCCUCAUCGAGAGAUAUACUCUGCCAGGAUGCCGAAGAGGAAGAAUCAGACACUCAUAGAUUCCGACAGUAGCGGGAGCGCAUCGGAAAGCGGCUCAGACUUGGAUAAUGAUUUAUUAUCACUGGCAAAGAAAAAAAAAGGAAUUUCCCAAGAUGAUUCUCAAUCAAACGAAGAUAAUGGAUCCAUUAAGAAAGAAGCUAAACAUGACUCAAACACAGACUCAGAAUCUGAAAACAACUGGGCCAAUAAGACUGGAAAAACAAAGAAAAAGAAAGUGUCAGCGAAAAGAAGCAAACGAAAGAUGACAAAAUCUAGCACAGAGGAUAGUGCCAGUGAAAAGGAACCAGCUAAACAACAUUCAGAGCCAGAAGAAGGUGAAGUAUCUGAUUCUGAUGCAAGUGUUUCCGACUCCAGUCAAGAAGAAUUCAAUGAUGGUUACGAUGAUAAACUCAUGGGAGAUGCUGAGGAUCAAGCUAGACUUGCUCAAAUGACUGAGAAAGAGCGUGAACAGGAAAUUUUUAAGCGGAUUGAACAACGUGAAAUUAUGAAGACAAGAUUUGAAAUUGAGAAGAAACUGAGGAUGGCCAAGAAACAGGAAUUAAAGAAACAAAAGGAAUCGAAAAAGAAAGAAAAAGGCAUUGAAGAGAAACAGAAAGUGGAUAGAGCGCCAGAUCCUAAAGAGAGAAGUAAGGAUCGUAAAAAGACGAUUGAAGAAAAGCAAGACAAAAAGUUCCAUGCAAUGUCAUUGCUUAAAGCCAGACGUGAAGAAAAGAAAGAACGAGAGGAAAAAGAGAAACAGAGGAUAGAGCAGCAACAACAACAAUCGAAGGUUAUGGAGGAAGAAGAAUUGGACGAUGAUCAUAAAGGCAGCGGAAAUAAGACAAAACUUAAAGCGUCCGAUAUAUAUUCAGAUGAUAGCGGCUCAUCAGACAGCGCAGAAGAAGAAGAAGUGACUAAACCGGCGUCUCAACGCAGAUCGUCUUCGAGCGAGAGCCGCGAUUCAGAUUCCGAUAAUGAUAAAAAAUCGGUUACUAAUAGUAAAGUUAAGCCGAAAAAACCUGUAUACAUCAGUACGAAGGAAGACCUAAACAAAAUCCGACUGUCCCGCCACAAGAUGGAGAGAUUCGUUCAUUUGCCUUUCUUUGAUAGAGUAGUGCAAGGCUGCUUUGUUAGAAUCGGAAUCGGCAAUAAUAAUGGUAAACCCGUUUAUAGAGUAGCUGAGAUAAGCGGUGUAUGCGAGACGGGAAAGAUUUAUCAGCUUGGCGGCACGAGAACGAAUAAGGGACUAAAAUUGCGUCACGGCGCACAGGAACGUGUAUUCAGGUUGGAGUUUGUUUCGAAUCAGGAAUUUACAGACUCUGAAUUCUUUAAGUGGAAAGAGACGUGCGCGCUGCAAGGAAUUUCCAUGCCUACGUUCGACGAAGUAGAACAGAAGUUAAAGGAUAUUAAAGAGGCGUUGGUGUAUGAAUUUAAAGAGGAAGACAUAGAAAAGAUAGUCCGAGAGAAAGAGAGAUUCAAGCAAACUCCCUAUAAUUAUGCGAUGAAGAAAGCCCAACUUAUGAGGGAACGCGACGCAGCUAACUGCAGAGGAGAUGACGAGACUGCUAGUCGUCUUAAUCAAGAAUUGAGUGAACUGGAGGAACGUGCAUCCGAAUUAGAUAAAAUGCGCACAGCAACCAUUUCCAGUAUAUCGUAUAUAAAUGAUCGCAACAGAAAAAAGAAUGUGGAAGAGGCUGAAAAGGCUAUAAUGGAAGAAUUGAAGGCUAACAAAGGCAAGAAGAUCGACGAUCCGUUCACUAGACGAAGCACUAAACCCAGGAUGGUUUAUAAGCCAGAUGAUGAACCCGAGAUAGUGACAACAGUCACGGUAAACGAUAAGUUGAAUUCUCAUCCAGCUGGCGAUUCUGUAUCAACUGCUAUUGAUAAGGAAAAUGGACAGGAGUCUAAGAAAAAGCAAAGUACGCAAGACCUGUUCAACGCGCAUGAUUUCGAUAUAACAAUCGAUUUGGAAGUUCCUAUUCCAAAUAAUCCUGUUAGUGUCCUACCAAAGCCUAUUAACAACAUCAAAGACACAGGACCUCGCCGAUCGUUAAAUCUAGAAGAUUACAAAAAGAAACGCGGUCUUAUCUAACAGUUCAUAUGUCUUAGACAACGUAAAGACAUGAUAAGGUUAAGUUGCCGAGGUAGUCUUGUAAUAAUUAACGAUAUCCCCUCGUUUACUGAAUGUUCCGAUUGAUAGAGUUGUACUGAUUGACUGAGAAGUUUAUUUAUAACAUUUGUAGCAUUAUAUUAUUACUAACGACUCCAUCUGUUUAAUAUGUUGAGUGCUGAUGAUGGUUUGCUCAUUUUAUGCGCUGAAUAGCUGUACUGUGAUUACGUAAUAAAUAAAGGAACGUUAACGAAA